UUAAUUGUUUCCGCUUUGAAUUUUUUUUCAACUCACGGAAGAAACGCACGGACGCUCACCGGAAAACAAAAAAAUCUCUCUCACUCCUUCACGCUCUCGGCUUUCCUUAUAUAAUAAUAAUAAUUAUUAUUAAUUGAUUUCAUUUCUCCCUGAACGAGGACUGCGAAAACCUCAAAUCUUGGAGCAAAGAUUCAGCAUCAGCAUGGGCUGCGCUGGAUCCUCACACACCAAAGCCGACGCAGGGUCUGUGAAAAAGAUUCGAAAGCCAAAGUCAUGGAAACAUCCUCAGCCAAUAACGAAGUCUCAGUUGAUGCAGCUGCGUGAUGAGUUUUGGGAUACUGCUCCUCAUUAUGGUGGCCGGAAAGAGAUAUGGGAUGCACUUCGAGCUGCAGCUGAAGCAGAUCUAACUCUUGCACAAGCUAUUAUUGACAGUGCGGGGGUCAUUGUUCAAAAUCCUGAUUUGACAAUUUGCUAUGACGAAAGAGGUGCAAAAUAUGAACUACCCAAGUAUGUUUUGAGUGAACCAACGAACUUAAUCCAUGAAGGCUAAAAUAGGGAGAUGCAGGUAUCUUACACAAGAUUUGAUUGUAAAUCAUGUAUAUCGUUCUCUCGAAUCAACCUCCAUAUUUUGUUUCUUAAUUUGACCUCUUCAUUUGUGUUUGUUUGGACUUGUUUCGAGUCUGUUUUUUCUCUGGUUAACUGAACAAGAACAUGUGGAUUUUGUAAAAAGGGAAGGAACCAGUUCUAAUUUUUCUGCAAAAA